CCCACAUCCACGAUCACGCAUCACGCUGCUCUCAAGAACAUCGAUCGCAGAGCGCUGCUGGGAGCAGCUUUUAUCCACCACUCUACUCACACUGCGCUACGUGUCAUACGAGCAGGCGCUGGGCCAAAGUAGGAAGCGUACAUCACGCUCGCAUAGCGACUGCACCUCAAUCACAACCCUUUCGCAACCACGUCCAAGCGCACCAUGUCGAAUCUGCUUGGCAGGAACGGGUCUGGGAUGCGGUCCAUCUCUGGCAGCUCCAGUGCGCCUCACGAGCUAUUCGAUUAUACCUCAUCCGCAUCUGGCUCUGUCCCACACGAGCAAUCGAGCGAUGCCUCUGCACCGAGUCCCAGCUCUAUCGCCGAUACGCUGAGACACAAGGGCAUCAAAAUUGCUGGCUUCACCAUCCGAGUGACGCACGGAUCCAUCGCUUCGUCCGCUGCCAUCGAUGAGCUGUCCUCGGAUCUUCAGAUCCCCAUGCCAGAGAUGCCCUUCCUUAAAAAUCGAGUCUCCAUUGAGCAUGAGGCAACAGGGUGGAAGUACGAUCUCGAUUCGGUAGAAGCUUUGAAGUGCGUCGAGGGCGUUGCAGAAGCCCACAAGCUGGAAGGCAUCUCUUUUGGCGUGGCCGGCAGCACAACGGCAAGAGCUCGCGUUGGAGAAAAGAAAAAGAGGAGGAACAAGGUCAAGGUGGCUUAUGCGAAGGAGUGGGGUCGCAGUCGGGAGCAAGUAUCCUCUUCCACAGCGAACGUGACGCACGGCUCCCAGGCACAAGCUUCGACUGCAUUUCGCCCGGACAUUGCCCCGGCUCUCAAAGCCUCUGCCGCUGCUGCUGCUUCCAGUAUCGAUGACGCUUCCAGACCCACGCAUAUCCCGGGCUCUAGCGGUGAUGCUCCUAUAGAAGCGAGUGGAACAGCGAUCGGUGCUGCUCGUGACUACGACUGGACGUACACUAGCACCUAUGCUGGAACAGAACAGAUCGCUCUUCCUCCAGGUUUCCCCAAUGGCGCAAGCGCUGAAGCUCCCAGCACUGCUUCACCAGCGUGGACCCCUGCUGCCCAGCUUGCUUCCAAGUUUCGACCGGCAAGCGAUUCGGCCACUGAUAGGAUACCCACCGAGAGACUGGGACCGGGUACAGAACCCAUCUUGUUCUUCGAUGAAGUCGUGCUUUUCGAAGACGAGCUGGGGGAUAAUGGCACGAGCGCAGUGAGCGUCAAAGUGAGAGUCAUGCCAUCUUGUCUCCUGCUGCUCUGUCGCUUCUUCUUGCGCGUCGAUGAUGUCCUCUUUCGCAUCUUCGAUACGCGGCUUUUCGUCGACUUUCAAGCGAAUGCACAGAUUGCUGCGCAGGCGAGCCAAGCUGGAUCGACCGCUACAACUCAGCCUGAUGCAAAUUUGGGCUCGCUCAGCCUAGGCACACCUCGUGGUCGGAACGUCGAAACGCCGGCGCACUCCAGCGCCGCGGUAGGCCCUCCGCGCGUCGUAAGGGAAUGUAGCGGCUGCGAAGCUUCGUAUGCAGAGGUCAAGGCGAAACUACCGGCAUGGAAACCAAACGACCUGUCACCCUUGACCGAUCCCAAUUGGGUCGCUUCGACGCUAGCCACGCUCUCGAGCGUCCGAGCACGGCAAGCUCUCUGCUCUUCAAGAGUUCCGGGAGCAGAGUCCGACUACACCAAUGGUCAGCUUCCUAGAGGAGCGCCUGUAGAACUAGGUCCAGCUAGCAUUCCUUCUAGAUUGCCCCACAUGCAAGGCGCGACGAAUGCGCAGACCUUGCCGCGGAGCAACGCUAUACUUGGAGAGGUGGAUGACGAGGCUUGGCUCGGUCAGGGAGCUAGAUGCGACGUCGCUCUCUUGGAAUGAAUGAGACAAAUCCUCAAAUGGAC